AUGGAGUCUGAAGACAUUCUCGACUUUAUUUUCUCCUCCGUCGGCGCCGGUUCCUCGAAGGCCACGGACAAGGCCCCCCUGGUGGACGAUGCCGACCGGCUGCCUGCCCCGCCCGGCAUCGAGGUCCCCGGCCUGCCGGUCAUCGACCACGGCUUUUCGGUCCCCAAUCCCCAGUGCCUCGCGUUGAAGGGCAUGGCAACCAUUCGCCACCCCCGGAGCCCGGCCGAUGGCCCGGCCCUGGACCGAGCACUCUUCGAGCAGGCAUACCGCCAUCGGAGGCCCUUCAUCUGGUCGGGACUCGUAGAUGCCUCAGUGGCCGUCGAAAGGUGGCGCGACCCGGUUUACCUUCGAGCUCUUCUGCCGGAGGACACGCCGGUGGAAGUCCUGGUAUCCAAGGACAACCGGCUCUUCUUCAAGAAGGCCCUCUGCGUCCAGGAAACCUGGCCCUAUGGCAAGGUGGUGGAUCGGAUCUUCGGCACGCCGGGCGAAACCCCGGAAGCCGCCCGGGUGCGCGAGGCCCUCCCCCGGAUUUACGCUCGCCUGCCGCUGGAGGAGGCUUUCGCCCGGGACCUGGACCUGCCGCAGGAAGUGAUUGAUACGCCCAUCAAGAUGGAGAACUGCGGCAUCUGGAUCAGCUGCGGGGGCAACAUCACUCCGUUGCAUUUUGACCUCUGCCAUGGGUUCCUCAUUCAGAUCGUCGGCGACAAGCACUGGAGUGUCUUCAAUCCGGAUGACUAUCAGAACCUCUACCCUGCCAGCCCGCUGGACCCGAAUCGACACUCCUCGCAGGCCCCGUUGGAUCGCUGGCUGGCAGCUGACCCGCCAGCUCGGGCCGAGUACCGGCGCCUGGAGGAGGUCCAGCGCUUUGUGGCCCGUGUGGCUCCGGGCGAUGCCAUCUACACGCCGGCUUUCUGGUGGCACUUUGUCGAGACCAUGCCCCAGGCUCCGGCCUCCGAGGCGGAUAUCCGCUUGGCCGAGCUCCUCGGCAAGAAAUCCCCCCGGCCCGGGGACACGAUUGGAGGCCCGAGCAUCAGUGUUUUGGUUCCCUUCGACAUUGACUUUGCUCCCUCCGUCCCUGCCUCGCCCCUGGCCUCCGAUCCUGCGUCCCCCGUCGUCGCCUCUGUUCCCGAGGUGACUGAGCCUGAGGUUGAGCCCGAGCCCGAGCCCGAGCCUGAGGUUGAGCCUGAGCCUGAGCCCGAGCCUGAGCCCGAGGUCGAGCCCGAGGUCGAGGUCGAGGUCGAGUCUGAGCCCGAGCCUGAGCCCGAGGUUGAGCCCGAGCCUGAGCCCGAGGUUGAGCCCGAGCCCGAGGUCGAGCCCGAGCCUGAGCCCGAGCCCGCAUCCCCAAUGGUUGAUACUGAGCGCACGCUCGAGUCGCCAGCCCCGGCGAGCCCGGCCCCAGGGUCCAUGCCCGAGGACGAGGAGGCCCGCCUGCGGCAGGAGAUCGAGCGCGAGCGCGAGGAGCGCCGCAAGCGUCGCCAGCAGCAGCAGGCCUCCACCGGGUCCUCCGGGUACAUCUUGGCCCGGAGCGGGUUCACCGGUGGCAGCGCCAUCACCGGGCGCUCUUUCGUGGCCCCGAGCAGCCCGGGCAUGUCCGCGGGUGGCGCCUUCUCGGACUCGCUGGACCCGUCGCGCCUGCGCAGCGGCACCAGCAGCACCAGCAGCAGCGCCUCCUCCUCGCCGGGUGCGUCCCGGUCGCCGAGCACCAGUUCCCUCGGCUCGUCGUCGUCCGGGGGCAGCACCGCGCGGGCCAGCUCUCGCUGGAGCAGCACCGACACCACCACCACCACCACCACCGGCGGGUCCUCGACCCCGAGCAGCCCGCUGGUCACUUCCCUCGGGACUCCGACGCCGCUGGCGGCCGCCCCGGUGGCCAGCCCCGGGAAGCCGCUCACUGGCACCGUGCCCUGCUUCGUGUGCCAGAAGAAGGUUUUCAUCUCGGAUCGCCUGCAAGUUAAUGAGGAGAUCAUUGUGCAUCGCAAUGGCUGUUUCAAGUGUGCCACCUGCAGCCGGCCGCUGAUGGCCUCGACCUUCGGUCGGGUGCCGGCCGAGACCGCCGGCGCCCCGGACCGCCUCAUGUGCACGACGCACACUCGCCAGGCGAACAAGCGUCUGGAGGAGCUGGCCGCCGCGCGCGCGGCCUCCGGCGCGGCUGAGGCGUCGCCGGCCCUCGGCGCGGCCAAGCCCACCGCCGCCGCCGCCGCCUCGGCCAGCGGGUCGUCGUCCCUGGACCAGGCCAUGUCGAUCCUGGGCGUGUCGUCGGCCGGGACUUCCUCCGGGCCGGCUCCCGGGACCAAGCUGUCCGGCCGCCAGGCCCUGAUGGCCUGGUCGCGCCAGGCGGCCGAUGGGUACCCCCUGGCCGGGGGCAUCGAGGACUUCUCCAACUCCUGGACCGAUGGCAUGGCCCUGUGUGCGGUGGUGCACCGGUACCGGCCGGAUCUGCUGCCCUGGAGCAAGGUGAAGGCCUGUGCCUCGAAUGUCGAGCGCAUCCAGCUGGCCUUCGACGCGGCCCGGACCCAUGGCAUUCGCCCGCUCAUCGACGCCGAUGACCUGGCCGCCGGUGGGGACGAGUUCUCCAUGAUCACCUACCUGACGGAGGUGUACCACCAGUUCAGCGCCCUCCCCCGGGGUGAUGGCUACACCACGGCGUAAGGGCGAGUGAGGGAGAUGCUGUCCGCCGCAUGAGCAGCGAGAGAGCGAGCCCGAGAGAAAGAGAGAGAGAGAGAAA